AUGGAUAGCAUCACAACAGACAGUUACAAAUUAUCAAAUGAGAAUGAGUUAUAUAAAGUAAAGAAGAAAAUCAUUACGGGCGAAUUAUCUGCCAAUGUCUCUACAUCCCCUCAAAUGGGACAAGUAAUUGGUACACCAGUUAGUGAGUUAACAGGCUUAACUUUCUAUAAUGCCUUUAAUAACGGAGAAACAGAAGAUAAUAGAAUGGAGGAUGUUCAAAUACCAAACUUGGAAAAGGGAAGUAAUGGAGAGCUUGAUAAUCAUCAAGAAGAAAAUGAAGACAUUAAAUAUGAUAAAGAAUUAGAGUUAUCUAAUGGAAUAGUGAAAUUUUUAAGAAAUAUAAAAUGCAGUCAUCCGGUGGCUUUCAACAGAACUUUUGCCGCUGUGUCUAUUACACUCUUUAUAAUUGGUACAUACAUGCCAUUUUAUGGUAAGAUCUUGCUGUGUCUACUGGAAUUAGUACUUAUAGUAGUAAAUAUUAGAACAGAAAAGACAUAUGUUCUUGCUAGAAAUCUUUACUUAAUAGUGUGGUUUCUACUAGCCUCCUUUUCGCUGAUUAUUUGGCCAAUUAGUGCAUAUGCUUGUAUUCUGAUGUUUAUUUAUUCAGCUUAUAAAUUAGUAGAAGAAUCUGUAAGGAAAAAGGAUUAUUUGGGUUUUAUUAUAUCUGUUCUUGGACCAGUUUUUAUUGUCAUGCCAUUCAUAUUUACUAGCUGGGUUCAACUAGUAAAACCCAACAUGAUAUGCGUAUCUGCAGUGUCAUUAUUUUUCUUUAUGACUACAUUUUGCAGUACAGGAGCUUUUUACAAAUUAGUUAAACUUGCAAAAAUUAUUAUUGAUUUAGUGUUUUAUAAUAGUAUUAUGUUUUUAUAUAUUAAGAAGAUAGAGAUAAAAAACCAAGAACUAGAUAGAUUGAAGAAUAGAGGAGCAUCUCAGAACAAAGAGAAAAUAGAUGAACUAAAAAAAGAAAUUAAAGCUUUGGAGCAAAAUCUAAAAAUUAUCAAAGGUAAGAUUAAUAAUGAUAUGAAUUUAGAUAGAAACAUUUAUUUGGAUGAAAUGCAAGGACCAUCGCCAUAUGUUAAGAACUUCAGAAUAUUAAAAUCUUUCAGCAAGUACUGGUUUAUUAUUCUUCCUGUUGUAUCAAUUGUUGCGGGAACAGGAUUUGUAUUCAUUACCUGUUAUCUCAAUUCAAAGAUGCCUGUGAGUGAAUAUAUUCCUGUAUUCUUUGAGAAAUUAAAGGAAAGUUUGCUCUUAGGGAGUAGAGUCAUUUCAAACACUUCAGCUUAG